GCAUACUCCCUCCCCUCCUUCAAAUUCCACACCACAAUAGACCAUACAUAUAUACAUUGCUACAAGAUAAAAGCACAUAAAAUGGGCGACCACGUCCUCUUCUUUUACGGAACCCUAAUGGCCCCUCCCAUCCUGCACCGCGUUAUCCACGGCCACUCCACUCCAGAACCAUGGCAAAGGGCUCUCCUGACAAUCAAGCCGGCAAUACUGCAUGGCUAUCGACGCCAUCGCGUCCGGUAUGCGGAUUAUCCGGGUAUUAUACCUACCACACCUUCAUCUUCAUCUGGUGAUAUUGCUACCGGUGGUGAGGCAUUUGUGCUAGGCACAGUAGUGUGGGGAUUGACAGAAGGGGACGUGUAUCGGUUGGAUCGGUUCGAGGGGAGUGAGUAUGAGAAGAGGGCGGUUAGGGUGAGGGUUCUAAAUCAUCAGCAGCAGGGUGAGGGUGAGGGUGGUACCAGGGAGAUACAAGAGGUGUUAGAUGCAGCGGAGACAAAGGACAGCAGCCAGACCAAGAAAGGGGAGGAAGUAGAGGCCGUUACGUAUGUGUGGACUGCCGGAAAGGAGCGGUUAGAGGAUGCGGAGUGGGAUUUCGAGGCGUUCAAGAGAGAUAAAAUGGCGUGGUGGGUGCAGGCGGAUGAGAAGGAUUGGUAGGUUGUAGACAUAGAUUUAGAUCAGAUCAGAUCAGAUCAAAUCAUCCGAUUCUAUCACAUAUCGAUAUAUACAAUACAUUUCACCCCUCGUCUUGAAUUCCACAGAAUCACUCGUAUGCAAAUGCUUGGUAUCUAAUGCAAC